CAAAAUUUAAUCACAGUGUGAAUUUGGAAAAAUGGUAAUGAAAAACUUUGGCUUAAAACAUUCAAAAAUAGAUUUCGAUAUCAAUGAUAAUGUUAUGCCGACAGUUAAUGACUUUGAAGAUUUUAAUGAAUGGGCAGAUGGCAACUGUUAUUUUAUUUACUCUGCUGCUCAGGAAGAUGCCAAGAAACAUUCAUCAGGUUGGGCCAUGCGUAAUACAAAUAAUCACAACAUAAGUAUACUUAAAAAAAGUUGCCUCGGGGUGCUAGUUUGUUCACUAGGCUGUACCUCAUCGAAUGGAUCUAAAAUAAAUGUACGCCCUGCAAUUUGUGAUAAAGCCCGAAGAAAACAAAUCGGAAAACAAUGCCUCAAUAGAAAUUGCGAUGGACAACUUGUAAUUCAACCUUGUCGUGGUCAUUGUGGUUAUCCAGUAACUCAUUUUUGGAGAAGAUCAGGCAAUGCUAUUUUUUUUCAAGCGAAAGGUAAGCAUGACCAUCCACGACCAGAAGUAAAGGGAACAAAGCAAACAUGUAGAUUUUUAAGUUCGCAGAAGCGAGUACGUAGUCUUUCAACAAUGUUUGCUAAAAAUACUCGAUUAAAUGCUAAGUUAUCAAUUCAGCAACCAAAGAAAGUUCAGCCACUAAAAUCAGUAAAAAAUGAUGGAUGUAUAAAUAAUCAAAAACAACCCCAGCAAAAAGGUGAUUACACAAGAAAUAUAAAUUUAGCAUUGUCCGUACAAGGUAGUAUCGACACGUACAUUUCAAAUUGGGAUGACAAUGUAUACUACGGCAUGCAGACCAUAGAACGUCCAAGUUCUUCUUACAACACUGUCAGUAGGUUUAGUAACGUAGACUCGGCAGAUAACUUUCACUUACAAAAUGCUCAAAAAUACAAUAUUUUGAAAACUGUUAUGACUCCAGAAUUAGCAAUGCCGCAUACACCACAUGACUUAUCAAGAACGUCGAUAAAUAGUGACUACUUCAAUGCCCAUCAAAGUUUUAGCCACAAUAAUUGUUCUCAAGUGUUAUUACAAUCAAAACCGGAGAAUGAGAAAAAUAAUUGGAUAUAUGAGAGUUGCGAUGAUACCUCUAGCUUAACAAGCAGUUCGGGUUAUAAUUCUGAUGAUUACACCCAUCCUUUUUCUACGUUUACAUCUUCAUCUAAUGUGCCUUGUAUCAAAACAACACAGGCAAAUAAUCGAAAUAGUGACAUUUUAUUUAAUUCAGAAGUAUGCUACAACUCUUUACAAACUUCUGCGGACAUUUAUAACAAGAAUAUUCUAUCAUCUACAAAAUCAUAUAUCAAUGAGUUGCAAGCAGUUUACUUUGAUAAUAAUUACGUAAGUCCAGACUGUCUGCAAUACACACAAGCAGAUCAUUAUCAAUCGAUAAGUGCUGGAAGCAGUGUUUCAGACUUUUUUUAUAGUAACUCCGAAAGUGAUAAUGGCGCUUGGAAUAUUCAAAUAAACUCGGCUAGCAACCUUUCACAUUUAGAAGCCAUCUCAUUACCAAUUAAUCAAAUGUCGGCGGAUGCAGGUAUAUUUUAAAAGUUUUGUACUCAAAACCUUUUAGUUUUUUUUAUAAAUUAGAAUUUGAUGAGUUUAUUGUGUUUUAUUCAUGACACAACAAUAUAUUCAUCAAAUACAACACUUUUAUUUAAAAUACAUGUUUUAUUACAUUUA